AGAAGGUGGGGGAGCCCGUAGUAGGCAGCGUUCGCCCGAUGGUGCGCGGUGGCGUCGAACUGUGUUUCAACUCAGUUUUGGCGAUUCGGCACAACGAGUGCCGAGGAAGAGAAGGAGGUGGAGGAGCCGGAGAAGAGGAAGAAAAAGAGAGCUGCCGAUCGUGUCGCGAGAACGUCCGUCGAGAACUGUCAGUCGAAGGGCUCCUUUGCCCUCGAGCAUCGCGUUUGACGAAGGGCGCCGACGUCAUCCCACUGUCCUUGUAACCGCUGAACCAUGUUGGGCCUGGUGUGUCGUCAGGCGUUGCUGGCGAAUACCCAAAAGGUCAGCGCCAGAUGUCUAGGGUCAAUAGUGCCGGUGCCAAAUCCUCCGGAAUUUCCUCUGGAGAAUGAACCGGUUCUCAGUUACAAGAAGGGCAGCCCAGAGAGAGCGGAGCUGGAGAAGGUCCUGGGGAAGAUGGCUACCGAAUGCGAGGAGGUGCCGUUAGUAAUCGGCAACGAGGAGAUCAAGACCGACCUGUGCAGGCACCAGGUCAUGCCGCACAAUCACCGGGAGAAGAUCGCCAAGUACUACUGGGCGACGCCGGAGCUGGUGAAGAAGGCGAUCGACGUUGCGGUGAAGGCGCAACGCGAAUGGGAGAGGCAGCCGAUCGAGAAGCGACUGGAGCUGUGGCUGAGGAUAGCCGAUCUGAUGGCGAGCAAGUACAGGCAACAGCUGAACGCCGCGACCAUGCUCGGGCAGAGCAAGACCGUGAUACAGGCGGAGAUCGACAGCGCGGCCGAGCUGAUCGACUUCUUCCGGAUGCACGCGUACUUCGCGCGGGAGAGCCUCAAGUAUCGGCCGAUCUCGCCGAAUCGGCAGAUCCUGAACUCGAUGAGGUACCGCGGCAUGGAUGGCUUCGUCGCGGCGAUCUCGCCCUUCAACUUCACCGCGAUCGGCGGCAACCUCAGCUACACGCCGGCUCUGAUGGGUAACGCCGUGCUAUGGAAGCCGUCUGACACCGCGUUACUGUCCAACUGGUGGAUCUUUAAGAUAUGCAGGGAGGCCGGGGUGCCGCCCGGCGUGGUGAACUUCGUCCCGUGCGACGGCCCGGUCUUCGGGGACACCAUCACGUCCUCGCCCUACCUAGCCGGGCUCAACUUCACCGGCUCGGUGCCGACGUUCAAUCGCCUCUGGGCGCAGGUCGGUCAGAAUCUCUCCAGGUACAGGAACUACCCGAAGUUGAUCGGCGAGUGCGGCGGUAAGAAUUAUCACUUCGUGCACGCCAGCGCGGACGUCGACUCGGUCGUCUACGGGACCAUCAGGAGCGCCUUCGAGUUCAACGGACAGAAGUGUUCCGCCUGCAGUAGGAUGUACGUGCCGGAGUCUCUCUGGGCCAAGGUAAAGGACGGUCUUUUAGCUCUUCGCCAGAAACUCACGAUCGGCGAUGUUCGAGAUUUUACUGUGUUUACCGGCGCCGUUAUAGACGCCACCGCGUUUAAACGUAUCUCCGGUUACAUCGAUUAUGCGAAGAAAUCACCCAAGAUGGAAAUCCUCGGCGGUGGAGGCUACGAUGACUCAUGCGGAUAUUUCAUCGAACCAACAAUAGUGCAAAGCAAGGAUCCAAAAGAGAAACUCAUGACGGAAGAAAUAUUCGGUCCGGUGCUUACGAUAUACGUUUAUAAGGAUUCCGACCUGGACGAAACCAUAAAACUGGUAGAAACAUCCACACCUUACGCUCUAACAGGCGCGAUAUUCGCGGAAGACGAGAACUGGGCGAGGAAGGCGCUGGAGGAUUUGAAAUAUACCGCUGGCAAUUUCUACGUGAAUGACAAAUCGACCGGAUCGGUGGUCGGCCAGCAACCCUUUGGCGGAAGUCGAAUGUCCGGGACGAACGACAAAGCCGGCGGACCUCAUUAUGCACUUCGUUGGGCGUCUCCGCAGUCCAUCAAGGAGAACUUUGCGCCUAUACGAGAGUUUGACUAUCCGUACAUGAGAUCCUAAACGCGGAUAAUUCCGUUGUCAAUUCAUCGAUGUGAUUACGGACGUAUCUGGUAAUUUAGAUUGGCGAUAGGCGCGUCGAGAAAUAUCUGAUCAGAAGAGAAAUGAAUGUUUUGAAGCAGUAUAUAUCGCGGUAUUAAUUCACUCUUCAUUGAUUCGAAAAAUAGGGUUUUCAUCGAGGUGUCACAUAAAUUCGCAACACAUUAAAAACGUCAUUCUUAAAUUAAGUUUCUUAAUUGAGAAAGGCAAAUAUGAUUACAGGAAUAACAUGAAAUAUUAUAUAUUACAUAUUCCAAAAUUUUAUUCGAUUAAUAUCAUUUCUGACUUAUCAAUCAGAAAGAAAAAAAACGAGAGAACUUUUAACAAAGAAAAAAAAUAAAAAAAAAGAGUAAAAAUAAACAAGAUGAAAUACAAUCUAAAAUGCUAGAUUAAUUUAACGUAAAUAAAAAUUGAAAAAAAAAAUUGAAUUUGUGUGCUCUUUGUUUCGAUGAAAAGCACGAUAAAUGAAUUUGCGACCGCAGUUUUGCUAUGCACAAUAGGGAGACACGACUAGAUUUUUUUUAGACGAACCAAUGCUAGAAGGAGAAGUCACACACACACACACACACACACACACAUUUACACAGCUUUGUAAGAGAGUUACAUUUAAUAAUGCCUUCGAAUGUUUUUGAUGAAGUCUUACUAUCCAGGACAUUGCUUUGAAGAAUUUAAACAUACGAUCAAAGUAUCAUCUAAUAAAACGCGAGAUCUCCUCAGUUUGUACCGAGAUAUACAUCCUUUUUCUUCGUGUCUCUCCCUCUCGGUACAAUAUAAUACUUUUAUAAUUCAGGUAAUUUAGAGGAAGAAAGAACGACGCGUUUAAUCAACUAUUAAGAUACUUUGAUUACAUGUGAGAUAAUCUUUCACAGAAUGUGCAAUCGAUACUGAGAUAUCGUUAUUGCCAAGUGUCCUGAAUGUCCUGAGAAUCGACGGGGAUAGAAUAAAUAAUGUUUAAUGUGAUCGAUAAAGCGCUUCGGCUUAAGAAGAUCCUGUUUACGCGACGCGCUAAUAAAUAUUCUGUUUUUUCUUUUUAAUUACUACUAGGGAGAUUGUGUGAUGUGCGGAUAUGCAGUGACUCUUUGGUUCCUUUUUAAUGUACCUUGUAAGAUUGUAUAUAUACAGAAAGACGAUCUCUGUAAUAACGGUUAAUGUAGGAUUAGAUACACCCUUUAGACCCGACAUCGAUUUGUCCUCUAUUCUCUCGUGCGAGAUUGACGUGAUUUCGCGAGUUGAUGAGCCGAGAGGACAUAUUAAUUGACAAUAUAUAUUGUAUACUGCGGCAAAUGUUACAGCGUUAUUUAAGUGUACAAUAGCAAUAAAAAAUAUAUAUAUAUAAAUUGA